CAUGUUUUCUCCCUGAAGUUAAAAAAUACUUGAAACUACGUGAAAAUAAUCUUCCCGAAGAAGCUAUGCUUUGAAUGGAUAAUGCGCCAACUCAUCCUAUUGAAGAGUUGAAGUCCGAAGAUAGUAAAAUACUUGUCACUUUUUACCUGCAAAUACGACAUCCUUGAUUUAGCCUAUGGAUCAAGGGGUUAUUGAAAGUUUUAAGAGAAGAUAUCGAAAGGCUUUUAUUCAAGGACUUAUCUCUGAAACAGAUGCGGACUUAAAACAGUAUUGGAAAAUGUUUACCAUAAAAGAUGCCAUAUAUAUUGCCACUGGAGCUUGGAACAGUAUACCUGCAGAAACCUUGAAUAAAAGUUGGUAUAAAUUGUUGCCUACCGAAAACACAGCUAUGGAUCAGAAAGAAAAUCGAACACCUAAUAUUUCAUCCAUAAAGCAAACAUUUCCAUAUCUUCCUGGAUUUGAAGACAUCUCAGAAAAUGACAUUUCUAAUUGGUUAGAUAUGGACAAACAGGAUAAGCCAAUGAUCAUGAAGAUUGUGAUGACUUACCUGAUAAUCCGGAAGGUAGCAUUAGCCAUGUGGAAGCUGAGGAUAUGGUAACAAAAAUUAUACAAUGGUACGAAAAUCAAGAGGAAGCAGAACUCGUUCAACUA